ACUUUCAUAAAGGCUAAUCGACUCAAAACACAUAACAAAAUCCUGAUUGGAUUCGGUAUAAAUACGGAGGGUUUCCAAUUGGGAAAUCAUAGUUUCAACAUCCAACGAACUAACAACAACAACAACUACAUCAAUAUGAAAACCUUCAUUGUUAUUGCCGCUUUCGUAGCUCUGGCCGUCGCCAAACCUGCCGAGCCAAAGGUCUCCUUGAGCCAAGAUACCCUUGGCAAUUACAAUUUGCAAUACGAGACCGAAGAUGCCAGCAGGAGCGAGCAAGGAUUCCAGGGUGGUAAGGUGAUCGGAACCUUCACAUACACCGACAAGGAGGGAACCGUCCACACCAUCAACUACAUUGCUUCCGAGGCUGGAUUCACCGCUGAAGGAGAUCUUCCUCAGCAGGUGCAGGAGACUCCUGAGGUCGCCGCCGUACGUGCCCAUCAUUUGGCUGUCGUCGCCGAGAAGAAGGCCUCUCUGCCACCUCUAGAAGAGGAGGAAGAAAAGGAAACCUUCGAAAUACCAGCUAAGCCAGCCCCCAAGGACAUCAUUCCGUCACCACCGAAGCCGAAGACCGUUGACAACAGCGCUGAAAUCGCCGAAGCCAAAGCCAUCCACUUCGCUGCCCAUAAAGAAGCUCUCGCUCGUCUUGCCGCAGCUUACGAAUCUAUCGCUGCUCAUGCUUAAACCAUCUACCUCAUACACCCCUAU